AGACCUGAUCAACAACAAAUCCACAUCGACUUUCAAAACCCACCAUCAAUCUCAAGUCUUCCAAGAAUUUCAUUCAAAAUGUCUUCCGAACUUUGCCCUGUCUAUGCGCCUUUCUUUGGAGCCAUGGGAUGCACUGCCGCCAUCGUUUUCACGUGUAUUGGUGCAUCAUAUGGUACUUCGAAAUCUGGUGUAGGUAUUAGUGCUAUGGGUGUUCUUCGGCCUGAUCUGAUGAUGAAAUGUAUCGUGCCUGUUGUUAUGGCUGGUAUUAUUGCUAUCUGUUUGGAUUCGGUUUCAGAUGGACUGGUGGUCUCGGUCUUGAUCUCUGGAUCACUUCAAUCUCCCAUGCCACUCUACCAAGGAUUUGUUCAAUUAGGAGCAGGUUUGUCGGUCGGAUUGGCUGGUCUUUCAGCUGGCUUCGCUAUUGGAAUUGUGGGUGAUGCUGGUGUAAGAGGUACAGCUCAACAACCACGAUUAUUUGUGGGAAUGGUUUUGGUUUUGAUUUUUGCUGAAGUCUUGGGUCUCUAUGGGCUUAUUGUGGCUCUGAUUCUAAACACUCGUGGAUCCCAACAUCCUCCAUGCUGAGCUCUACAAUCACACGAGUCGAGUUUUCAUCAUCCUCGUUCUCGAAUCUUUUUAGAUUAUUAAAAUGCGAAUAGAUUGAGAGUAUUAAAUGGAACAAGCUUCUUGAAAGUCAAUUUGAUGGGUUUCAUUUUUUAUUUGAUAAAGUUUGGGGGAUAUGAUUCUACCAUCCAAGAAGCUUUUGUGUGAGCUAUACGCAGAUGAUCGAUUCUUUUUGUUUUGUUUUGUUUUGUUUUGCUAUCUUUUUUUCUCUCUCUAUCUCCAUUUCUCUAACUAAACUAUGCCAACUUGAACGCGCUAUUUUCUCAUGAAGACUUUUGGUUAUGAUUUAUCUGCUCGAGGAUGAAGGUCUCCUUCCAUAGACAGAUUGUCUAGUGAUAGAAUUCACUCAAGAGUGUUAAUUAAAGAUCUAUGAAGUCCUCUUUUAAUUUAGC